CAGAUUUCACUUGCCUCCUCAUCUCAAAGACUCUGAACAUGGGAAAAAUUUGGGUAGAAAUAUGCUUGAUUUCUGCUAGGGGACUCACAAGAACUUCAUCACUAUGGAAGCUCCAAUGGUUUGCAGUUGGGUGGAUUGAUCCCGACAACAAGUACUGCACCAAAGUAGAUGCUUCCGGGAAUGCAAAUCCCACAUGGAAAACCAAGUUUUCUGCUUUGAUUGAUAACUCGGAUUCAAGAUUCGAAGAUUUGGCCCUCAAUGUCGAAGUUUACAGCAGAGAUCCUGUGUUUCUGAAAGAAAGACUUCAAGGGACUGCAAGUGUUGGGUUGAAAGAGUUUCUCGAUAAGCAUAAGAACAAUUCUGAGGAAUUGAGGCGUGUUGAAGAAGUCGGAAGUUUUCAAUUGAGGAAGAGGAAUUCGAAUAAACCGCAAGGAUUUGUUGAUGUUUCAAUUCGAAUUUCACAAGAGACUGAUGGGGGUAGUAACUAUGAAGGCGAUGAGGUGGGGAUCAAGCUUAGGGUUCGUGACGAUGGCGUGAACUUGCCAUCUCGAAUCGGGGAAAACCAUCUGCAGACCCAGUUGCCGCCAGGACCAAGCUACCACCAACCACCACCGCCGAAUUAUCCUUCAGCGGGAGGAUUCAACCUUCAACCACCGCGUAUGCCCUCGCUAGGACCAAGCUACCACCACCACCAACAACAACCGCCACUGCCGCCGUCGCAGCCUUAUAAUGCUGGCUAUAUGCCGCAAUCGUCUAUAGAUAACUUACCAGCAAGUUACAUUAAUAUGCCAUCGUCUUCGGGAGCAAGACCUGGACCAAGGGUUGGACCUGGUUUUGGGAUGGGGUUGGGUGCAGGAGCGUUGGCAGCUGGUGCAGUAAUUUUUGGGGACGAUUUCGUUUCAGGGUUUGAUCUUCCUACCGGUUUCACAAUAUCAACUGAUCCUCCUUUCUAACGAACAGUAUUUCCAUCAUGUUAUCCUCUUCAUGUAAUCAAUCGGACGUAUUUACUAAAAAAAAUCUCAGAUUCGUGUUUAUAUAUACAUGAAUGCGGUUAACAUCAUAUUGCUUGUCCUAAUAGAGUAAUUUGAUGAGUUCUUAAAGAACUCGAUUGGGG